GUUGGGCCUCGGUCGUGGACAGACGCGCACGCACGGGCGUUGCAGAGAGAUCGAGGGAGAGGUGUGGUGGUGGUGGUGGUUGGUGGUGGCGAAUGGGGUGGGCGAUAGCGCUGCACGGCGGAGCAGGGGACAUCCCGCUGACCCUGCCGCCGGAGCGCCGCCUCCCGAGGGAGGCCUGCCUCCGCCACUGCCUCCAGCUCGGCGUCGACGCUCUCAAGUCCAAGAAGUCUCCCCUGGACGUCGUCGAGCUCGUGGUCCGGGAGUUGGAAAACAACCCUCACUUCAAUGCAGGCAAAGGGUCGGUCUUAACCAGCAGUGGCACUGUUGAAAUGGAGGCUUGCAUCAUGGAUGGAAACCUGAAAUGUGGAGCUGUUUCUGGGCUCACCACUGUUGUCAACGCCAUAUCUUUGGCACGACUGGUCAUGGAACGAACUCCUCAUAUAUACCUGGCAUUUGAUGGGGCUGAAGCAUUUGCGAGGGAACAUGGUGUAGAAACUCUUGAUGCUUCUCAUUUUAUCACUCCAGAGAACAUUCAAAGGCUAAAACAGGCCAAAGAAGCAAACAGAGUGCAGAUUGAUUAUACGCAACCCAUGCAAAAGAAAGAGGACACUGCCACUGCUGAUGGUGACAGCCAAACUGGUACUGUGGGAUGCGUCGCUGUAGAUAGUGAUGGGAAUUUAGCUGCGGCAACUUCUACUGGAGGGUUAGUCAACAAGAUGGUUGGAAGGAUAGGAGACACGCCCCUCAUAGGGGCAGGGACGUAUGCCAACAGUUUAUGUGCAGUAUCUGCUACGGGCAAAGGUGAGGCUAUAAUACGUGGAACUGUCGCAAGGGAUGUGGCCGCUCUUAUGGAGUUCAAAGGACUCUCCCUGGAAGAAGCAGCUGCCUGCGUGGUGAAAGAGAGGGUUCCGAAGGGCAAUGUUGGCCUCGUCGCAGUUUCUGCGACGGGAGAAGUCACUAUGCCCUUUAAUACGACCGGGAUGUUCCGAGCAUGUGCUACCGAGGAUGGGUACUCGGAAAUUGCAAUAUGGCCUUUGACAAAAGAUUGAAAUGGUUCAGAUGUUUGGGGCAAUAUCAUGUCUUCACCAUCGAUCAAAUGCUCCUUCUAUUUACGUUACUUGUAAAGAACCGUGCUCUAAAGAUUGUCCAAUUCCCGUAAGUUGUCCAUGUUCGAGUGUCGGAUCUAGGACUAGGACAUUUACUGCCAUUGUGGUGGCUGUCGGGAUGGCCUAUUCCUUGUCCUUAAAAUCCUCGUUUCCUUUUGUAGGUAGUUAGUUUAUGUACCUUUGCAGAUCUAUCAGCAACUCGAUCUUUUGCUGUCGCCUUGCUAAGGUUUCUAUCACUGUAUUACUUUUACUUGCAUGAAGUUUGAUCCUUUUUGGUGGAAAAAAAGAAAAAAAAAAGCUUUGAUCCUGAA